CACUGUCAGUGUAUUAUUGUUCUGUCACAGAUUAUUACUACUCUGUGUCUGUGAUAUGACAUAACCUCAUUCUCAUCAUAAGACAAACAGUGACAAAAAGUAACUUUAGUUUUUCUUUGCUUUUUUACACAUUUGUCUGCAUUAAAACGCUUCGAUUUCCGAAUCAAUUAACACAAUGUCUUCAAGGAGAAAACUGAAAAUAGUAUUUAUUCACCCUGAUCUGGGAAUAGGCGGUGCAGAGAGGCUGGUACUCGAUUUAGCGGGUGCACUUACCAAUGAAGGGCAUGAAGUGAAAUUCAUUACGAACCAUUUCGACAAAAACCACGCAUUCGACGAACUGAAGAAUGGAGAGUAUCCAGUAAAAGUUUACGGAGAUUGGCUGCCUAGGAGCAUUUGUGGAUUUUGUCAAGCAAUAUGUGCAUAUGUUAGAAUGAUCUAUCUCAGUAUUGUGUACAUUUUUUUCGCAAAACAUUCAGAAAAUGCAGAUCUCUACAUAACAGAUCUCAUACCAGUGGCGAACAUUUUCCUAAAACUGGCUAAUGAGAAGGUUAUUUAUUAUUGUCACCAUCCAGACCUACUAGCCAGCUCGCCAGGUGGUAUACUGAAGAGAUGUUAUAGGAAACCAAUUAAUUGGCUAGAAAUGAAGGCUACAGCCAAAGCAGAUGUGAUUCUUGUCAACAGCGAGUAUACUGCAUCAGUAUUUAGAAGAACAUUCCCAGAAAUCAGUAAAUCAUUGAAGAUACUAUAUCCAACAGUUGCAAAUACUUACCAACAAACUGUUGAAGCCCUCACUGAAGAAAAACCUAUUGAAUCAUUAGUACCAGCUAUCAAAAGCAAUGUGCUCAACAAAGUUGUAUUUUUGUCUAUAAAUCGGUUUCAUCCUGCUAAAAGACUAGAACUUUCCAUUGAGGCAAUGCAUCAUUUAAAGAACAAACUAAACAGAGAAGAAUGGGAAAGAACAUUCCUGAUAUUAGCUGGAGGCUUCGACCCCUUGUCUAAAGUAAAUGCACACACAUACAAUGAAUUACAAGCAUUAACGAAAUAUAGAAACCUACAAGACAAAGUUAUAUUCUUAAAGUCACCAAGUGAUACUUUAAAAGCUGAACUUCUAAAGUCUUGUACAUGUUUAAUUUAUACUCCUGUGAAUGAACAUUUUGGUAUCGUCCCUUUAGAGGCCAUGACUGUGAAGAAACCUGUGAUUGCUGUUAAUAGUGGUGGGCCAAGAGAAACUGUUGAACAUAAUGUAACUGGAUAUCUAUGUGAACCAUUAGGAGAAAAUAUGGCUGAAUAUAUGGCAAAAUUUUUUAAGGAAGACACUAGGAAAAUGGGACAGCAAGGAAGGAAAAGAUUGGAUGAGACUUUUUCAUAUGAUAUUUUUAAGAAGACUUUAAAUGAAGUGAUAGAAACAUUAUCAGAAGAAAAUAAAAAGAAUGAUUAAUAUUUUAUAAUUUAUGUCUUAAGAUUAUACACUAUAUUUAAAUACAUAAUUACAUAAAUAGA